AUGGCAAAAAGCACCAAUCCUCUUGCCGUUAUAUUUGUUUUUCUCUUCGUCUUCUUCCUGGUGUUGCGUAUAGAGCGUCGGGCACCACCGUUACCGUCCUUCGUCGGAUCCUCCCUCCGCCGCGGAUCCUCUACUAUCUCACCUGAUCCAAUGGCUUCGAAGAAGGAGAAGGCACCUCCGCCGUUUUCCAAACCCGCUAAGUCCGUCGGUGGAAAGCAGAAGAAGAAGAAAUGGGGCAAGGGAAAGCAAAAGGAGAAGGUAAACAACAUGGUGUUGUUUGAUAAAGCAACGUAUGAUAAGCUACUUUCCGAGGCACCCAAAUUCAAGCUCAUCACUCCUUCAAUUCUCUCUGAUCGUUUGAGGGUAUUUCUUUUUCUCUACAUUCUUAUUCUUUCUAUUGCAGACAUCUCUUUGCAGCAUCAUUUAGGUUAA